UCUCAUCCGCAGAUUCCAUGAUGGAUUUGAUAAAGGUCAACGUCCUGGUGGAAGACAAACCAUGGGACAGGCACAGCAAACAGGGAGCUCCGAAGGAAUCGACAUUAAAGCGCUUCAGGAUAUGUAUAAAAAAUUUGUUAUGGAGUGCCCAAGUGGACUACUUUUUCUGCAUGAAUUCAAGCGUUUCUUUGGUGUGGACCCAAGCAGCGAAGCAUCGGAUUACGCAGAGAACAUGUUUCGAGCGUUUGACACGAAUGAGGACAAUACAAUAGAUUUCCUGGAAUUUGUAGCGGCCCUGAAUCUUGUUUUUCGGGGAGACAUGGAGCACAAACUGCGCUGGUCGUUCAAAGUGUAUGACAAAGACAACAACGGAUUUGUUGACAAGGAUGAGCUCCGGUCAAUAAUUCAUAGUAUUUAUUGUGUCAAGAAAGGAGGCACAAAGACAGACACAAAUGAGCCCCAUUUUACAGUUGACGAUGCUGUGGAACGAAUAUUGCAGGCUGUUGAUAGUGACGGCGAUGGUUGUAUUACAAUGGAAGAGUUCAUAAGAGGAGCACAGCAAGACCCGUGGGUGCUUAAUAUGUUGAAGUUGGACAUAAAUCCUGCACAAUGGGUUCUGGAGCAGAGGAGAAAGAGCGCACACUUCUGAAAAUGGCCAAGUGCUCAUUUCAAGGUUGAUGAGACAUCAAACCAAAGCCGUCGCCAUGCAGGGACAAGUUUUAACUCAGUUCCAACUCUUGAGCCUUUCAACCAUUUGCAUUUCAUAUUUAUUUCUCAACAAUAUUGGACUCUUCAUCCACCUUGUAUAAAAUUGAUACCGUAAUUUUCGGACUAUAAGUCGCGUUUUU